UUUGGUUAUAUUUUGGGUAUAAAAUUCUUUCUUAAAACCACAUUUCUCAGGCAUUUACAGUGAAUCCUUCAAGAUGCUAAAAGUGAAGUGUUCUGAAAGUGCGAAGUUAAGAGGUUUCGUUAAAGAUUUCGGCGAGUAAUAUUUUAGUUCUGAUGGAACAAUUCUGUUCUGUAAACUUUGUGGUGUUAAAGUUACAGCUGGUUAUUGUUCUUGUUUAAGGUGUAGAGAAUGUAAAAAAAUCAAAUGAAUCUUUUCCUGAUGUUCAACCGUUUGGAUGUUGUUUUGAAUUUUCGGGGUCCUAAAAUUAUCAUACCACUAGUUUUGAUUAUUCUCGCAUCAUAAAUCUAUCGACUACUGUAUCGUGGUCGAUUGUGGGUAUUAUCUGUGAUUGGAAACCAGUAUUGAUGAUAGUAUGGCGGCAGUUAAAAUAAGUGAAGACGUUAUUGAUCAAACUUUCGUUUAGUCAUGUUACCAAGGUUCUGCAAUAGAGUGUGGCGUAGAGGUACUGUAGUAAAGCUGGAAAGGCGUGUAAAAUGUAGCACAAUAGCUAGUGGAUAUACAACUUUUGCAGAGCGUGAAAGGUGCAUUCUAACCAAUGCAAGAGAGAGCAAGCAGGGUUAUAAACAGAUACGUUUCUGUAGCCACAAUGGUGCAGUCAAGGGGCCACUAACACCACUUACAUAUGAACAAGUGUGUGACGAGACUCUGGAAUCACUUGCAGAGUAUUUUGAAAUAUUGGUCGAGGAAGCAGUCAACCUGAAGGCUGCUGAUGUAUCAUACAGUGAUGGUGUAUUAACGGUGAAGUUCGGAAUACCCCAUGGUACAUACGUGAUCAACAGACAGACACCAAACUUACAGAUCUGGUUGUCAUCUCCUAUUAGUGGACCGAAACGAUACGACUUUCACGACGGUCACUGGGUGUAUCGCCACGAUGGAAUCUCAUUACAUAAGCUGCUGAAUCAGGAGAUCCCCAGUAUUGUGAAUCAAGAUGUUGAUUUCUUCCGUUGUGCCUACAGCGGAAGCAAUAAAUAGGACUACUGUAUGUUAUGGUUUAUUGUCAUUAUAGCUGAAUUAUUAUUGCAAUAAAUGUACGUUCUCCCAAUUACUGGUUUCUACUGACUUAUGUUUUGUAUCAUUUUCUGUCACCUAUACAGAAGGACACCCUUUAAUGUGAUACAAUGCAAUACUAAAUAAAAGUUUUGAUACAAGG